GUUACUUAUGGGCUUUUCACGCUACACCAAAAACACUGGAGCAGACCAAGCCAGUGGCAUGUGUCCAGGAGAAGACUUAUGUUGCGUUGGACCUUGAGCCUCGAGGGGCCUUUGACAAGCCAAUCGUCUAGACAACAAAACUGAUUACAGUGUGGAAACAGCAGCACUGACCAGAUGAAAAAUUCCCUAGGGAACUGCCUAUGUUAACUGAACUCUCAUGAUACGAUCCAGCAGGCCUUUAAGAAUCAACUUCUAUUUCCAUAAUGGUAACAAAUACAACCCAACUGGACAAUGAUACACUGGACAUGCUUCAGAACAAAGUUAUUCAAAGCACCCUCCCAGCUGUGUACUUCUCGGUGGCCAUCAUCAGCAUCCCUGGGCAUAUAUUCUCGCUUUGCGUGUUCUUCCGGCACAUCAAACCCAAGACACCUUCAGUCAUCUUCAUGAUUAACCUUAGCAUCACAGACCUUACCCUGGCAUUCUGUUUACCUUUCCAGAUUAGCUAUCACUGGAAAAACAACAACUGGAUCUUUGGUAAGAGCAUUUGCAGCUUAGUCACAGUGAUGUUCUACACAAACAUGUAUACUUCCAUACUCACCAUGACCUGCAUCAGCAUCGAGAGGUACUUGGGAGUGGUGUAUCCCAUGAAAUUAGUCCAGUGGAGAAGAAAGAGAUAUGCUCUAGCUGCCUGCUUGGGGAUGUGGGCCUUUUUGCUAUUAGCUCUGUACCCACUGGCAAGCUCAGAUCUGACCUAUGAAGUAAAAGCAUUAGGGAUCAUAACUUGUUUUGACGUGCUGAAAUGGGAUAUGUUGCCCAAUAUUGCAGCAUGGGCAAUUUUUCUUCUCACGCUGUUUGUUCUUCUCUUCCUGAUCCCAUUCAUAGUGACAGUAGUCUGCUACAUAGCCACUAUUCGGAAGCUCAUUCAGACUUCUAGCAAACAAGGGAGUAGGCAGAAGACUAGAUCUAUUUACUUGGCUGCAGUUGUCCUCUUGGUAUUCGUCACUUGCUUCGCCCCUAAUAACUUCAUUCUAUUUGUGCACAUGAUCAGCCGUCUCUUUUUCGAAAAGAGCUUCUACCCUGCUUACAAGCUCACCCUGGGCCUCAGUUGCCUGAACAACUGCCUAGAUCCAUUUGUUUACUAUUUCGUAUCCAAAGAAUUUUAUCAGGCAAUAAGAUGUAAAGCACCGUACAAUGACAGUUUGGAGACCAGAAGGGAAAGUUUAUUCUCUGGCAGGACAAUGUCAGUCAGGUCUAUGUCAAGUGGGCCUAUGGAAGGGUUAGAUGGAGUUAAGGAUUGUUUGCAAAGACAAGAAAGUGUUUUUUAACUACAGUUAUAAAAGCAGUAGUAAGGCAGUAGUAAGCUAUCAAGUGGAACAAAAAGCCCCCUCAUUUUUUAGUAAACAAUGUUCUGGGAAACAUCAAUGCCUGUAGCAUCAAAAGUCCAACCACACUGAACAGAAAGUGUCUCACGCAUGUCUAAAAAUCAAUAACCACUUUCUGGGAAGGACUAGAGAAGGAGUAUGGUGAACCAACAUUAUCAAAGGAGGAACGUCACCCUAUGUGAAUCCAGUGAUCCAAGAUCAAGUUGGAAAAGAUGCAGAAAGAAUUGCUUCUACUAAACACUUCCAAAUGUGACUGAAAAGCAAGGACAAACCAAAAGUACUGCAGAUUUUGAGAUCUCAAUGCUUAGACAAAUACUUAUGAGUCUUGUUAUACUAAAGGGAAAUCCUGUAAAAGUAGUUUGGGGGGCUUUGUAAAUAAUGUUAAUUUAGGUAUGAAUUUCUUGUUGUGUUGCUGCAGCACAAAAAUGAACAAUGUCUUGGUAUUUUAUCAUUAAUGCUUAUGUGUAGCCUCUGUGAACUAAUCACAACAGUUAUGUAUCACUUGCUUGAUUUAUACGUGUGCUAACCUAACCACAUAAACCUUCAAAGAGGUUAGCUUGGUUAAUAGCUAUUUAUUUCAAUUUCGUCUAUCAAAAUAUCUCCUAAAAUGAAGUAAAAAAGAAAGGCCAACAUCAGUACCCUCAACCACAUCAAUGCCCCAGCUGCUGAGUGGUUGCAUCAUUGUUAAAUCUAGAUAAUUCUAAGGGGCAAUGGUGAAGUGAAGAUGGCUUACAUGGCAAUUUUCUUACAUUGACCCACUACAUGAAUAUUGCUGAGCUCGCAUCCCCUUAACUUAGUUUAUUUGUUUGUUUUAUAAUGGGCUAAACUCUCUGCCCCGCUGCUGAAUACAGUUCCCACUGCAGUCAGUGAUACUAUUGCUUUAUGUAUUUUAUGAACAGUAUUUUUGCUUUUUCUCUAGGAUCUAGUACACAUAAUGGUCUAAAUUCUCCAUCUAGUAUGAAUGGGAGUAAUCCAAUUGAUCUCAACUGCAUUACACGACUGCCUGCAGUAUAGACAGCGCCAAAAGCUGAGUUAAGGUACUUCAGCUGCAUUACAUGAACGUAAACAUGCUGAGGAUUUGUCUCCUAAAUCAUGACAUUAUCUCAUUUGCUUUUGAUAUUUUACAUAUCUGGACUAUUUGUUUUACAGAGAGAGAGGACGAAAAGCACUGGGCAGUUGACAUUUAAAAACUUUCCUGGUGCUUAAUGCAUAUAUUAUCAGUGCUGUGGCAUGUUCUGGUCCUCAGUAUCCUAUCCCAACAUAGUGCAUAAUACCAUGCAUCUCCUCAUAGCUCAGCAAAUGAAUGUUUGCUUAUAUAUACAAUAAAACAGCAUCUAUAUUUUUCUUUUUAAUCUGAAACAACUUUUUUCCCUAAAUUUUAUGAAAUUAUAUGUAACUUCAACACUGGUGAAAAUGAGGAGCUAAUGCCACUUUUUAGAGCCAAACAAGCUUCCUUGACCGUCAGGUCAAGACAACUCAGCAAUACUUCUAACAUCCUAGGGCUUGAUCAAACUCCCAAGUAGCUCAGCGGGAAGUUUACUAUUGAUAUUGAUGAGCACUAGAUCAGGCCUCAAGCAGUAGGCCAGUCCGGAAUAGCAACUGCCAACAGUGCUCGACUAUAUGGUAAUUCCAUAACAUAGACAAAAAUGUUUAAAAGGUAAUAGAUUAGAUGAUUAAAAUAUAUCUGCCUUUUUAUCUAAGGUAUGAUUCAAAUUCAGUAAUCUAAAUGUGACUCGUUCUAUACAUUAGCCUCAUGCACCACCUAUUCUCUAAAGUUUGUGUUUUGUUGUAGUCACUGGAUAACCAAAAGCUUGUUUUAGAAUUUAUAUGGAUUUUUCUUACUUAUUAUCCUUGCAUGUCAAAUGAUCAGUAAUAUUUUUAUGCAGUCCAUAGAAACUCUGAUUAUCUUUAAAAAAAUACCUUGCACAUUAACUUUCUUUAAGCACAUGGGUAUGGAAAGAAAGAAAGAAAGAAAGAAAGAAAGAAAGAAAGAAAGAAAGAAAGAAAGAAAGAAAGAAAGAAAGAAAGAAAGAAAGAAAGAAAGAAAAUCUGGAUAUGCAUUAUAGUUACAGUGUCUGAGAAGACACAGAGCAGAUGCCCUUUAAUCCAUCCCACAUCCAUCAUAUAGAAAUUCAGUGAAAUUAUGUAUUGCAAACAUCCUUAUGGGUUUAACAGCACAUGAUUCUACUUUGCUAUUUAAACCAUUCAGGCAUCAGCUUUCUACCAAACCUGUGCGCUACACUUGAUUAUGGCAGCAAUUUUCCUUUGAGUUACAUAUUUAAAUAUACAAAUGGGUGGUUUACAUAUAAAUAUUGUCUAAUGAAAAUUUGGUAAUUUUUCCAAAUUUCUAGUGCAGAUUUUUUUAUGUGUUUUAGUUGGGUCCCAUCGUGUCAGGGACUGAAGGCUCUUAACUGUCACUUAUUUCAAAGGGAAUUUGAAAGUGCAGACACUUUGCAGGAUGAGACCAUAAGACAUUAAUGAUCUUUCUGCAAUAAUAAAGGUCAGCCCCACUGGCUGGAAAUGCUUUUUCCCUCAUCCCCACCCAGCCCUUCAGACCAUUCCAUCCUUCUUUUGGUGCUGCCUAACAAUACAUCUGAAGGAUGUGUCAGUCAGGUUCCAGAACACUUGGAAGUUUCUCAUGUACUCUGUUAAAUAACCACCAGGGGCUAGAUCUUGGCAUCCCUAGUCAGGCAAAACGCCUGUCAAAGACAAUGGGAUUGUUGCCUGAGUGAAGAACAUAGCAUCUGGCCCUAUGUACAUAAUCGUUAGGAUUCAGUAGUAUGUGUUGUGAAGGUAACUGGCAAUGAAAUCUCUUCCUAUUUUCAUAAAGAGCACUCUGGAGAAUUGUUCUGUGAACCACUGAAUAUAUUCCCUUGUGGGAUGUCAUUUUACCACCCUUCAUGUUCAACAUGCAGACAAGGACCUCUAAAAAUAGAAGCACAGCUGUGUUGGCAAGUACAGCAGGAUACAUUUGCUAUAAGAUACUAGGUAUGUCCUUGUAGCAACUAACCCCAUCCUCCCUUAGCUGUACUGAUACAUUCAGCAUGCUAGCUCAGUUGAGGGUAGUGAGCAUAGCUCUACACAAGUUCAACAUGGAUACAUCUAUAUUACAGAGGAAAACUGAAGCUACCACUGUCGAUAUUCCAGGGUUCAAUUUAGUGGGUCUAGUGAAGACAGCUAAUUUGAACUGAGAGGGGCACUCUGGUCGA